AUGGGAGAGGAUCAGAUGGAACCUGCCCUGCAGGUGAUUGUGCUGGGUUCCGGAGGCGGACCUCUCGAGUCCAAUGUCACUUCAUUCUUGGUCCGCUCCGUCGCUCAAAACUGGCAUCGCGGUUCUGUCGUCGCCGUCGAUGCCGGUGUUCAUCUCUCAUCGAUAUGCAACCUCAUUGAGGCUGCGACGCCCUCACCAGCCCCCUCUGCCCCCUUCACACUCACCUCAGGCCCUUUCUCCGGCAUCGAGCUUCCUCAUACAUCCAUCCUAGCCAAUGCCGCUCACAUAACUCAGUCGCUUGUCGAUACGUACCUCAUUACUCACCCUCAUCUCGAUCACAUCGCUGGCUUCGUCAUCAACACGGCCGGCUUACCAGGCACCCGACCCAAGAAGCUAGCCGGUCUGCCCAGCACCAUCCAGGCCUUCAAGACGCACAUCUUUAACCAUGUCAUCUGGCCUAAUCUCAGUGAUGAGAACAAUGGCGCUGGAAUGGUUACUUUUAUGAGAUUGGUCGAGGGAGGAAGCCCUGCUCUUGGUGAUGGCGAAGGCAGGGGUUAUGUCGAGGUCGCCGACGGGCUUCAAGUCAAAAUCUGGAGUGUGAGCCACGGCCACUGCAUCGAGAAGCACAACCACAGGGGCUCAGCUUCGAGUUCCUCGACGCGAUUCGGCAGCCAUGAUGCUUCCAUGUCCAUACCCCCACGACGCGACCUCUACAGCCUCCCAGUACCUCCCCAGCGAACCUCGAGUCUGCUCAGCCAAGCCACAUUCGGCCCCGGAUCUCCUCAGACCGAGCAGGAGCGGAUAUGUGUCUACGAUUCAAGCGCAUACUUUAUCCAAGACCAGAAAACCCACCGCGAGGUUCUAAUCUUUGGUGACGUCGAACCUGACUCCCUGUCACUGAGUCCCCGAAACUUUCAGGUGUGGAACGAAGCCGCACCAAAGAUCGACUCAGGCUCCCUGCGUGCCAUAUUUAUCGAGUGCAGCUAUGACGAUUCGCAGUGCGAUGACCGCCUAUUCGGACAUCUCAAGCCUGUCUACGUUAUCCAGGAGCUGCGUGCGCUGGCCUCUCAAGUUGCUGAGGCUCGUAGUAACCGACUCCUCAAUACCAAGAAGCGCAAGCGUGUAGGCAGUCUCAACGAGGAAGUCCCUCGCCGGAAUCCUUCACUGGCCAAUCUCUCACCAGAGGACCCCGUCUCGCCAAAGACCAUCAAGGCUUCAUCGGUCGACCUCGUGUAUCCUGGUCCUGAGACACCCCCGACACCGCACCUAGCUACUCCAACAGCUGAGCUGACCCUCAGGGAACUCGAGUCGUUCACUUCUGCACCUAUGAGACAACUCGAGGGGCUCAAGGUUGUCAUCAUACACGUCAAGGACCGGUUAAAUGAUGGACCCAACGUGGGCGACCAAAUCCUGGAGCAGCUCCUGGAGCACGAAAAGGAGGCGCAGCUGGGUUGCGAGUUUGUCAUUUCCAAGCCCGGGCAGAGCUUUUUCUUUUGA